AUGGUCGCUGUUUCCCACGCCUCUGAGGAAGUCCACACAGGCACCUCCUAUAAACUUCCGUUGCUGGCCUGCCUUCUUUCUUUCUGAGCCGAUAACGCUCCUGCCAGCAUGGUGAAUGUUCCUAAGACCCGCCGGACAUUUUGCAAGAAAUGUGGCAAGCACCAGCCCCACAAAGUGACACAGUACAAGAAGGGCAAAGAUUCUUUAUAUGCUCAGGGAAAGCGUCGUUAUGACAGGAAACAGAGUGGCUAUGGUGGGCAGACUAAGCCUAUUUUCCGCAAAAAGGCUAAAACUACAAAGAAGAUUGUGCUGAGACUGGAGUGUGUUGAGCCCAACUGCAGAUCUAAGAGGAUGCUGGCUAUUAAGAGAUGCAAGCAUUUUGAACUGGGAGGGGAUAAGAAGAGAAAGGGCCAAGUGAUCCAGUUCUAAGGUGAUGUUAUGAAGACAAUAA